UUGACACUGGCGUGUCCAUUGAUGAGGAAUUUAUUAACGUAUGACAAAUGUAAAAUAUCCUCAGGACAGUGAAGUGUUUAUUUUAUUUAAAAAAAAAUAUAUUUAUAAAUAUUUGAAUAAAGUGAUAAAGGAUUAAAUAGCACCAGAAACAAAAUGAAUUUAUCUGUGAUAAUUGGAUUGCUGGCAAUUUAUUGCUCGUUGGCAUUAGUCAACUCAACUGACAAACAAAAAACUUUAGAAAAUUCCGAAAAUGCUAUUAAAGAUUUGAUUGAGAUGGAGAGUGACAAGGAUGCACCAGAGAGUCAAAGAAAACGUGAUUCUGGUUAUUAUUAUUCAAGGCCAAGUAGACCAAGUAGACCGUCAGGUUCUAAAGUUAAAUUUGGACCAAGAUUACCAAGUCAAAGAGUAAAACCAUUUAAUCGUUAUGGGCCUCCAAAUUAUUCAAGUCAAUCACACAGCAGACCUCCUGGACAAUCACUAUUUGAAGUUCCAAGUCCAAUAAGAAAUAUUGAUUUCAUUGAAUCUAAUCCAAUAUCAAAUCAAAAUAACAUACCAACUAGACAAAAUUUACCAAAUUAUUUACCACCAAAAAAUCAAAAACCACCAAAAACUUCAUCACCUAUAGCAUUUCAACCAAGUCGUCCAAUUACAUUUUCCAAUAACCAAGAAAAUAAUUUUUUUCCAAAUUCAUUUCCUCAACGUGAAAAUUUAAUCCAGCAUCCGUCUCCAGAAUCAUUGGCAUCAGAUGAAUCACUAUUUCUUUCUCAAAAUGCUCAAAAAAUAGCACAGCUAUAUGAAACACCAGCAACAAAUUUAAAUUAUCCACCAUAUGAAGAUUUUGAAAAUUCAGAUACAAAUACAAAAAAUCCAAGUAAUCAAUUUCGAAUAAUUGUUCCUGAUCCAAUACAAACAUCACAACAACAGCAACAACAACAACAUGAUCAACAAAAUAUUCAAGGAUUUAAUGGACCAAUACCAGCCUAUUCAAAUGGUAUACUAGAAUCACCAAGGAUAUUGGAGCGUUUACAAUCACAGGAAAAGGAUCGUAUCAUCGUACAAUUACAACAGGCAUUAGCAUCACAAACACAAGAUUCAACAUCUGAUUAUCUUAGGUAUGCCCAAAAUUAUGGACAAACAAUAAACAAUGAAAAUACAUUAUUAUCAUCAAUUGGUACUCAGACGUCUCAGUUAGAUAAGCCGAAUGAAUUCAACAACCAAGGUCAUCACAGUGUGCCAUCAUUUGGUAGUGAAAGUACAUCAUCAUCAUUUGGACCGUCAUCUCUUGGAGCAACUGGUCUAACAUUUCAAGGUCAUCAUUUGAAUUUUCCAUUCACUCAUAGUUUCUCACAGGAUACUCCAUCAAUAACAACAACAACACCAUCAUCAAUAAUAUCAUCGUCAAAUAAUCAACCUCAUCAUGAUAAUGGUAACAAUCAAGGAAAUAAUAUACCAUCAGUCUCAAAUCCUUUUCCUCAAUACGGUGGCUUUGUACCAACAUUAAUAACAGGCACAAAUUAUCAUCAAAAUUUUCCAAAUUAUGGUACAAAUUUUGUUUCUUCAAAUACACCAAAUAAACCAGGACAAUCAACAGACACAUUACCAACUCAUUUUGCAAUACCACUACCUACAUUAUUGCCAGAAUUUAAACCAAUUAAUACUGGAUCAACUUUGUCAAAUCCAAAUUUAGGUAAACCUUCUUUUAUACCACCAAUAACACGUCCACAAAUACCAUUUAAUAAUAUUCAUCCAAUUCAUCCAAUUCAACCAAUAGUACCAAUUGUUUCAACUCAAAAUCAUGCUCAUCCAACUUAUGGUAUACAACCAACAACACUUGUUAAUCCAAUUUUAGUUAAACCAGUUAAGCCAGUUUAUCCACUCUAUUAUUAUCAAAAUAUUGCUUAUCCAUUACGAAAACCCUCAUUACCAUUAUCACCCUGGAAUUAUGCACCUGCAUAUCCACAAAGAAAAUCAUCAAAAAUUUGGAAAUAGAUCAACUUUGUUUUUGUUUAUUAAUUAAUGUCUUUAUUAGCACGUUGUUUUUAUUCUCGAUGAUACCGAGGUUGUACAUAUAUCAUAUACUAUUAUUUAUUUAUAAAUUUUUUUCUAUUUUAAUAUACAUUUAUUCUAAAAAAAAAAAAAAAAA